AUGUGGGACACGAAGCUCUGCCUCCUGCUGCUGCUCUGCCUAACCCUGACCUAUGCUCAAGAUGAAGAACAAACCUGCAUGCUGGCCAAACGCUUCAACACCCUGCACAAGUACACUUACCAGUACGAAGCUGAGUCUUUGAACGCCAUCAACGGAGCCUCUAAGCUCAAGAAUGGACCCAAAGCAUCAUGCAAGGUGGAGAUCGAUGUGCCCCAGGCCUGCAGCUUCAUUGUGAGGACCAGCGGCUGCGCCCUGAGCGAGGUGGAGUCUGUGAACGCCGACGGAAACGUGGUGUUCAAGACUGCAGCUAGCUCAGACAGCUUCGCCGCAGAGAUGGAGAAAUACAUCCUGAAGGUCCAGGUCAACGAGAAGAACCAGAUCAAGCUGUACCCUGAGGAAGGCGAGACCACCAACAUCCUGAACAUCAAGAGAGGCAUCGUGUCGGCCCUGGUCGCCCCCGGCCCCCAGGACAACCGAUACACGCCCACCAUCCACGGCCUGUGUAAGAACUCCUACAGUGUGUCCACUCCCACUGAGAUGACCUUCAGCAGAGACCUGUCCACAUGUGACCACUUUGUGCCUCUGAGAGACCAGACCAGCCCCCUGGCCCUGCUCACUGGACUGCACUACCCUCUGUCCCAGCUGGUGCGCAGCUCCCAGACCUGUGAAUACCAGUUUGAUGAGGAGAAGAGCAACAUCGUGUCUGGAAAAUGCAUUGAGAAGCACAUCCUCCUGCCCUUCUCCUCCCAGGGAGAAUAUGGAGUGACCAACGACGGACAGCAGACCGUGACUUUCAUCGAGGCCACCCCCCUCAACGACAGAGUUUUUGACCUUGGCCCCAUCGUGAAGGAUCUGUACAUGGACAUGGUGGAAGACCACACCGUGACACAAGACAAAGACGCCGCUUUGGAGCUGCUGAGACAGCUGUCUGCUCUGCCCGAGUCCCAGGGAGAGAGCCGGGCCCACCUCUUCUACAAGCUGGUCCUGAUGGUGCGUGGCAUGAAGCUGGACACUCUGACUUCUGCCAUCCCCGAAGCCCUGGAGGCCUCCCCAAUGCUCACCUACCAAGUCCUGGCCCAGUGUGGCACACCUGAGUGCAGCAGCGCCAUCCUCGAAAUCCUGAGGACCCGUCUCGACAGCAAAACCGAGGUGGACACUUUUGUCUACACCAUGGGCCUGGUGUCCAACCCUUCGGCCAUGCUCAUCAACGACAUGCUGCAGAUAGCUCAGGAAAAGCCUAGCAAACCUGUGAUGUAUGGCCUCAGCAACAUUGUCAACAGGUUCUACAAGACCGAGGGCCAUUUGGUCCCAGAGAUCUUCUCUGUGGCUCGCUUCAUGGCUGGUCAGAUUGGAGAGUGUUCCGGAGACAUGGACAGGAUUUUCCUCACGCUCAGGGUGAUUGGAAACAUGGCCCCUGCUAUGGCUAAUGCUGGCCCCGCAGUCAGAGUAGCCGUGCUGAAGUGUGUGAACAAGCCUGAGGCCUCCGCAGAGGUCCAGCAGGCCGCCAUCCAGGUCUUCAGACUGGCCCCUGUGCCAGAGGAGGGUAGAGAGAUCUUCAUGCAGGUGCUUUUGGACAGUGCUGCCCCGGUGCAGAAGCGCGUGGCUGCCUACCUGGUUCUGAUGAAGGACCCCCAGCCCAGCGAACUCGCCCAGUUCAUGUCAGCCCUGUCCAGCGAGCCUGAUAUGCAGCUCAAGAACUACAUCACCUCCCACCUCAGCAACAUCGCCUCCUCCACUGAGACCGCCACUCAGGAGCUGAGACAGAAGAUCUUUGACGCCAAGACUUACAACAAGCUGGGACCCCUGGAGGACAGCCUGAAGAUGUCCCGCCACAUGAAGGUCGGCAUGAUCCAGAGCAACAUGAUCUUUGAGGGAACCAGCUACCUGCCCAAGGAAGUCAUGCUGGAGAUGACCCUCCGCGCCUUCGGCUUCGACCUGGACAUGAUCGAGGUCGGUAUGGAGGGAAAAGGCUUCGAGCCCACCGUGGAAGCCCUGUUUGGAGAGAACGGCUUCUUCCCUGACACCGCCAUGAAGACCAUCUACUUUAUGUCCGACAACAUGCCCCUCCAAGUGAGCCAGGUGCUGCAGAACGUGCUGCCCGCCAUCAAGAAGGACCGCAUGAAGAGACAGACCUCCCAGAACCUGAUGAAGGACAUUGGCCAAAACAUGAAGAAAGUGCUGAGCGAGCUGAAGGCGUCCGAAGCCCCUGAAGCCACCGUCUACCUGCGUCUCCUCGGCAACGAGCUGGGAUACAUGAAGACCAACGAGAUGGAGCAGGUGGCCUACUCCGCCACCAGGUUUGUGGACUCCAUGCUCAAGAUGUUCCCAGUCGAUGUGGUGAAGUCCCUGACCACCAUGACAGACACAUCCCUGUAUGCUCACUACAUCUUCAUGGACAAUGAGUUCUUCCUGCCCACACUGACCGGAGUGCCCCUGAGAAUCGCCCUGUCUGGUACCUUCGCCCCUGGCUUCAAGGGAGGACUCAAGAUCUCCCCCCAGAUGAACGAGGUGGCCUUCAUGCCCUCUGCCGGAGUGGAGUUUGUGACCCAGAUGGGAACACACAUACCAGAGUUCUUGGACACUGGUCUGGAGAUGCACACCAACAUCUACCACGAGUCCGGCCUGAGCGCCAAGGUGACAAUUGAGAAAGGGAAGGUCCAGCUGACGAUGCCCGCCCCUAAGACCACCACCAAGCUCAUCCACAUCACGAACAACCUGGUGGCCCGCUCCGGAGCUGAGAUGACCGUGAUCCCAACUGUGCCUAUGGACCGUGUCAGUGUCAACGAAUGCACUCCCUUCUUCUCUGGCAUGAAGUACUGCUACAACCUGCAUUUCAACGACGCCUGGAACAUGGAGAGGACACCCUACUUCCCCUUCACCGGACACAGCAAGUUCGCCAUGGAGCUGGAGCCCACCGGAGAAGUAAGCGAGUACACAGCCACUCUGGCCUACGAGCUGCUGCGAGAGGGAGAGGAAGGCAAGCAGAAGGUCGACGCGUUCCACUUUGUCCUCCGAGCUGAAGGAGCUGAUCCCACUGAGGCUCGUGCCACGGUCAAGUACAACCGCCGCAAGAAUGUGGCGACCGCUGAGCUGAUUGUGCCAGACUACGACAUGGAGGUUGGCCUCAGGCUGGGCGUCGUGGACGGAAACACCAAGGGCAAAGGAACUCACUCCAUUUCCCUGGACCUCAUCAACAAGAACAUCCCACAGCUGUCUCUGGUCGGACGUGCCAAGUUGAUGGAGAUGAAGGAAGGCAUGCUCCAGGUUCAGAUGCUGGUCCCUGUCUUGAGCACUGACGCCACCUUCACUGCCAACCUUAAACGUGACGACGAGAUCGAAGUGGAGCUCAAGAGCGACAUCAAGGUUUUCGAAGCCACAUCCGAACAGAAGAUCACACUUAAAUAUGAUGGCAGCAAAAUUGAAGCAGAGUUCAAGUCCGACAUGAAUGCUGAGACAGCCAAGAUGCCUGUUGGUGAGAUUGUAGCCAAAUACGGAGAGCAGAUCAUGGAUACGCAGGUUGGAGAAACCGACAUGAAGGUCCGCCACAUCUUCACCAAACUUGUGGAGGCAUCCAACAACUACAUGGAGAAGUAUGGCGCUGAUCUGCCUUACAUCCAGAACUUCAGAGUGCCUGACAUGCCCGAGAUGACCCUGCCUGAGAAACUCUUCCUCAACACCGAGACCAAGGCUAUCUACUACUUCAACAAUGAGCGCUGGUCCAUGUUUGUGCCCGUACCAUUCGGAGGAAAAUCCACUAACGACUUCAACUUCCCCGAGAUCUUGAACACGCCCCACAUCUCUGUUCCCCAAUUCGGGCUGGAGAUCGUCUCCAUGGAAAUCCCUGUGCCUGAGCUUUUUGUCCCGGAUGGUUUCACUCUCUACGUCCCUCUUUUCGGCAAAGCUGAGGUUUCCGCAAUCUUGAACAGCAACCUCUACAACAUGGAAGCUACAAUGGCUGCCGGAAAAGACCUUGUGGAGACACCAAGCUAUUCUGCCAAGAUAGCUGUGGCUGGAACCUCUCCAAUUGACAUUCUUUCAGUCAAAUUUGAAGGCUCUGGUAUGGUCAUCCCUGAAGAUGUCUUGAGGGCCCAAGUCAAGGGAUCUUUUGUGCACAAAUUCCUUAAGGCAAAUUUGAACAUUGUUGAGGAAGCAAGUCUGACUGACGUAUUCAUCUACAAAUGUAACAGCGAGAUCGAUGCCACCAGCCCUCUUGGAGUUAAUAUGGCCGUUGAGCACACAGUUGUUGCUGGACUGAACAUGGAGAAGCUCGACAUGAACAGCAACCUCAAUGCCAUGGUCAAAGCUGGCCCCUUCUACGGCAAGGUCUCCUCAACUCAGUCAACUAGCAUUUCUCCAUUCACCCCAGAAGCUAAGAUUGAAUCCUUAAUGAAAAUUGACUCUACUUUACUCAAGGCAGAAAACACAUUCAGUGUAGAGCUUCAUGAGGGAGCCAUCUCAGUGCUGUCCGACACUAAAGCCUUUGACGGGAGCAUGGUCCAUAUCGCUGCAGUUAACUUCAAAGAUCAGAAGCUGACAGUCAAAUCCGAUACCAACGUUGACGCCGUUGGUCUGAAGAUGAAGAACCAGAUUGAGGCUGCCGCUGGUGCUGGGGAGGUUGUGAUGAGAAUGGAGACCAACUCAAACUAUGCUGACAACCAUGUGCUUUCUGUGAUAAGCGCCACAUUGAACGCUGAAGGUUUGGUAAUGAACAGCGAUGCCACCCUACAGCUGCUGGACAAUAAAGCGAUCCAUAAAGCCAACAUGAAAUUCAACCAAGAAGGUCUUGUUGUGAGUGGAACCAACACUCUUGAGAGCCCUCUGUCUGUCGAAAAUAUAUUCAAUGUUGCAGUCGACACAUCCAAAGCUGAAUGUUCCAUCUCCAAUAAGGCUGCGCUGUAUGACAUGAAGGUCGACAAUGCUAACUCCCUGACCCUCACUCUGUCCAGCAUUAUCUUCUCCUCUAAGGCUGAAGCUCUUGCCAGUGAAUAUGUCACUUACACUCAUGACAUCUCCUUCGACAUGAAACCUUACAUCACCUCUGCAAAUGUCAAUAACAACUUGAAACUACUGGCAGUCAACUUCAUCAACGAGGCCCAGCUACAGGCAGAGAUGUACAAGUUUGAUUUGACGGGAAGCAUGAAGGCCAUCACCAGCGAGGAUGAGAUCAAGCACAUCUAUCAGAUCAACUUCGCUGACAUGACCGCUAAUGCCAAAUGCAGCACCACAGGAAAAUUGUUCGGCACGCACAUGAACCAUAACACAGAGCUUGAGGUGAUUGGCCUUGCUGCCCGCUUCUCCAACGAUGCCCGCUUCAACUCCCAGCCCAUGCGCUUCGAUCACACCGUCCGCGCUAGCAUUGUUCCAUUUGACUUCAACCUUGACGCCAUUUUUAAUGCUGAUGGUGACCUGACACUCUACGGAAAGCACUCUGCACAGCUCUAUGGCAAGUUCCUCAUCAAAGCCCAGCCACAUGCCUUUGCCAGCACCCAGGAAUGGAGGGCUUCAAUGACCCAGGCCCUUGACAAUGGCAUGGCAUUCGAGACCACCUUUGACAACAAAGUGGACACUGCUCUAUCCCUGGAAGAACAGAAAACAAGCUACAGGAUUAAGUCCAAGAUGAACGACCACGUGUUCAACCAGGACAUGAGCCUUUACAACACAGCUGAGAGGAUGGGAGUAGAGUUGUCCAGUGCCAUCCUCACAAACCUUCUCAACCAAGAGAAUCCAGAGAACCAAGAGUUUUCCAUUUCUGGCUUUGUGAAAUAUGACAAAAACACCAAUAUGCAAGUCAUCCAGCUUCCCUUCAUGGAAUACUUCCCCAUUGUUGUGGAGAACCUAAAAGGUGCUUUUGUCUAUGUGGCAGAGGCACUCUUGGACUUUAUUAACAAUGAAGAGGUGCGUUCCAAACUGGAAUCCAUCCCUCAGCAUAUCACCACCUUUAUUGCUGAGCUUAACCUUGAAGAGAAAAUUAACAGGCUCAAGCAGUUUGUUAGUGACCUCACUCAGGAGUAUGCCAUCUCUAUGGAAGACGUACAAGGAUUCUUGAGAAACUUAAACGAGACAGUGAGGAAAGUGCUUACCAAUUUCAGUUCUUAUGUGACACAGUUUAUUGUCAAGAUGAAAGAAAUCAUGGAGAACAUGACUCUGCCUGACACCAUUGUGCAGAAGAUUCAGGAGCAGCUGCUGGCCAUUGAUGAGGCAUUUGAGAUCAGGCCUAUGCUUAUCUAUGUACUUGAAACCUCUACUGAGAUCCUCCAGCAGUUCAACUUGGAAAAACUUAGAGGAAGUGUCCUUGAGAUCCUUAUCGACCUUGACAAGGAUUUCCAUAUCACAGAAACUGUGUCAAAGAUCUUGACAGCUUUGAAGGGAUUUAUUGAAAGAUUUGACAUCCAGCAGAUUUAUCAAGAGCUAAAAUCUGUUCUCGUAUCCAUUGACUUAAGAUCUCAUAUUGAUGAACUCAUAGGUGUAAUUCCAACUGAGAUGUUCAGCGAUGCUACUGAUUAUGUCUGGAAAGUCAUUCAGGACCUUGAUGUUGUGGGAAAAUUCAACACCUUUUAUGCCCAAGUAAGAGACCUGCUUGUACGAUUUGAGCUUGACAAGAAGAUGCUGGCGCUGAUGGAGAAAACUCUUGAGGUCAUCAAACAACUGAAAGUUAAGGAAACCUUUUCUGCUUUUGUUCAAAUGGUCAAAGAUCUUCAUAUUCCAGAAACCUUUAUGCAUUUCUCAAAGGUCACAAUUGAUUAUAUCAAAACAACUGAGAUGAAAGACAUGAUUGAAAACACCAAUAACAUGAUUCAAACUGUGAUUGGGGUACUAAACUCUCUGGAGUACAAUGAGUUGGUGAAUAAUCUCAACAAGUUUAUUGCUCUUUGGACAAGAUACAUCAAUGAGGUUAUCAAGGCACUGGAAAUCCCAGAGAAACUUCAGGUAAUGAGGGACUUUGUCAACUAUGCUUUCUCCACUGUGAACGACGUCACUGCCAAGUUGAGAGAAGUCAAGAUUUCAGAAAUUUUAAAAAAUGUUCAAAGCAUGGCAUUCCAAGUGGUUGAUUACAGCAAGACAUUGGUGGACUAUGUGAAGGAGCAAAUCGAAGUGUUGGAGAUUCAAAAAUCCAUUCAGGCUGUACUGAAGUUUUCAAGCGAGAUCUACAAGGAUGUAAUUAUAACAGUUAACUGGUGGUUCACCAGGACAGUUGACUUCAUCAGUAAAUACACCCCUGACCAAAAGUUCAUUGAAGAUGUGAAACAGAUGUUCUCUAGCAUUGUGGCUGAAAUGAAACAGCUGGAGCUGAAUACUCCAUCAUUCACUGUGCCUUUAAGUGAUUUAGAAGUGCCAAGCAUGAAGAUCAAACUUGCCAAACUCAAUGAAUUUGAGAUCCCAACACAGAUUGAUAUUCCUGAGUUCACAGUUUUGGGCAGGUACACUGUCCCUACCAUCACAAUCACCUUUGCUGACAUCAAGCAGAAGUUCUUUGAGCUUGUUGAUUAUAUAAUGAAUUUCAGCUUCCAAAUGGUGAAUGUGGAAUCUUUCUUUGGAGACUUGAGUUUGAACUUCCUGCCCCACAUGCCAGAGAUCACUCUCCCAGAAUUCACUCUCUCUGAAAUCUCCUUGCCUACAAUCCCCGAGGUACCUUUAGAGAAGCUUGUCAAGUCACUGCAAGUUCCUGAGAUUAAGUUUCCAGAAAUACCUACAGAAUUGGUGAUCCCAAGCUUUGGCAAGCUUUAUGCUGAGUUCAGGGUGGAGACUCCAAUGUACACCACCAAGACGACUGCUGAGUUGCAAAACUCCACUGAAAAUGAGCAGACUCCUCAAAUGACAGCUUUCCUCGUUUCCCAGGGUGGGUCACCAGCUUAUGACAUCUUUAACUACAAAAUUGAUUCCACUGCUCGACUUGCCAUCCCCAAGAUGAGCCGCAUUAUCAUUGGAGAGACUGUGAAAUUCGAACAUGUUGCUCUUGGACUGGAACAUCAAGGAUCUCUGAACCUGUAUGGCAAAUCUGCCCAAGCUCAGGCUAAGACCUCUAUGAAGGUUACAACUAAGCCAUACAUUGGUGACUUCAUGAACACUGCUUUCAUUGCAUUUGAAGACGGCAUGUCUGCUUCUCUUGAGACCACUCUCAAUCACAUCAUUGACAUCCCGGUUUUCUCUAUCAAAAUGGAAGCCAACACGGCUCAAAAGAUUAUUUCCCGUCUUGAUGGCCUGAAACUCACCAUUUCAGCUGACACCACGGGAAAAACUGCCUGUAAUGGUGAGGAAGGAAAUCAGAAGAGCAACCUUGACUUUACAUUUACUCCCAAUAUGAUCACACUUACCUUUGACAGUGACACUGAAGCUACAAACCUCAAGGUGAAGCAGGUGAUGAAUGCUGAAGUUGGCACUUUUAGCUAUGUCAAAUUCAACAUUCGUAAUGAGGCUGAGACACCAUUCCUUAAGUCCAGUGAGCUCGUAGCAGCCGGCCAGGCUAACCUGUUCGAUAUGAAGGUUGACAUCACUGCCAACCACAACUCAGAGCUGGUUGGUCCAAUCCAAGGCAACAUUGCUAAUGAGUUGAAGUUUCUGAUUAGCCCAAGACAAUUAGCAUUUGAGUUCAAGAACAAAGGUACCAACAAAGUCAACUUCCUUGGAUCUCUCACUGCCAAAUUGGAUGCCCAAAGUGACAUGUCUGCCUACCUGAACUCUGAGAUGCAGAGGAUGAACACUUUUAACAUGGUGCGGUUCAACAAGAACACAGGCUUCUUCAACAUCACCUUGGACAAUAGUGAGAAAGAAACUGCAGUUAUUCUUGGCUUUGAUGGACAGGCCAACCUUGACUUCCUCACCUCUCCCAUUAGCAUCCCUGAGAUUGACCUCCCAUUUGUUGACUUCCGUACACCAGAAGUUAGCAACCUGAAUUUGUAUGAGCAGACAAUCCUGAAAGACAUCUUGACCACCACUGAGCAGUCUGUUAGCCUUGAUGCCAAGGUUGCCUACCAAAAAAGCCUGGUUGUGGGCCUGAUUCCAAAUUUUGGAAACCUUGUCACAGAAUUGGCAUUCAAAUCUGCCAUCAUAAAUCUGAACCUCAAUACUAAUCUGGAGACUGAAGAUGACAUCACUUUCCGCCUGGAAGCUACCACUGCAUCCGUAUUUGACAGCCUGAAAGCUAAACUCGACGGUACAACCAGCCUGACUACCAGAAGAGGGAUUAAACUGGCCAACUCUCUGUCCCUCGAGAACAAGCAUAUUGAAGGCACUCAUGACAGCACUGUUAGUGUUAGCACCGAGACCUACGAAACUGCUGUGUCUGUCACAACUCUCGGAAAAGUUGCCCUGCCCGUCCUCAACAUGGAAAUCAACCAGAACUUGAUCGCAGACAACAAGGCUAAACCCACUGCUGCUUGCACAUUCAGGGUGAACGGUCAGCUUAACAUCCCCAGAAUUAAUGCUGUUGUAAAAGCUGAGGCAGAUCAUAGCACUAAGAUGGAGGGCACAUUUGAUUACCUGUCAAUGGAAACAUCCAACAGAGCUAACAUGGACGGAACCAUUCUGGAGGAAUAUUUGGUUUUGGGAGUGCUGGACAAUGAGCUGAACUUCUACUUGAACAAGGAAGGUCUUCGUUCAAAUGCCAAGGUCAUUGCUGACACCAAGUUGAACGGUGGCACAAGCAAGAUCUUUGCUUUUGAUGUCAUCGAGAAUCUUGCUAUUGAAGCUAGUCCAAGCCGUGUCUACACUGUCCUGAAGUACACCGGAAAUAAUGAAGCCAACUUGUUCAACUUUAACACCAAGGGACGCCAUGCUGCCCAGGCAACCAUCGACUUUGUUCCCAUCUCUGCCCUGACUGCUGACAUUGAGAUUGACCUGUCUCAGCCCAAUACAUUUGGUGAUUUUACCAUCUAUGAGAAGGCAACAGCUGAAGUGACAACUGAAAAGCAAAAGGCUGCAUCUACUAGCAAAUUUGUGAGUCCAGUCUACACCACCAACUUUGUUGUUGAAGUUGAGGGAGAUUAUCCAAUCCUGAAGGUCAUCGCAAAGUCCUCAGCCACCUCUCCAAUUAACCUCCUGGAGUUUGACAUGGAUUCUUCUUCAACCACAAACUAUGAGAAUGAUGCCCUGAACAUGAACAACAAGGUUGUGCUGACCAACGCUGCCAUGACAAUGGACAUCACUCAUGUUAUUACUCAGGCUCUGAGGAGAAAAAGGCAGGCUGACGACAGUGUCUCUCGCCAUACAUUGAACAUGGACAUCACCAGCCCAACCUUCACCGAUAUGAACAUCCGCUAUGCUGCUGGAAGAAAUGGUAUCAGUGCUUCUUUGUCCUCUCCCUCUGUGGGAUUCCUGGGUAUGCAAGUCAACGGCAAAAGCACAUCUCAGAUGAAUUUGAGACUCUAUGGACGCCAUGCAUCCUCUCCAGAUGCCGAUGUUGACAUCCUGGUGCUGCGUGCCACUCCCAAAGACGGUGACAAGAUGACUCUGCAGGUUGCCUACAACAUGGAAGCACCCAAAGCUAUGCUCACCGAGUUCAAAGCCAAGAUCCCUGCUGUCCUGUCCACCCUAAAGGCCUUCAUCGACAACAACCUGAUGACGAGCAACGUGCUGGAGUGGAGAGAUACUAUGCUGACCCGCAUCAACGAGGCCUACACUGCUGCUAUUAACUACGAUGUCCAACUCAGCCAGCUGUCCAUCUUUUUCCGCAACUCAGUCGUUGAGUUCCAGAAAAGCGUCCAAGUAUUUGUAGAUGCUGCAGUCAAAGUUCUCAGGGAAACUCAAUUCAGGCUUCCCGGCUCAGAGGAGAUGACCACCCUUCCUGUUGUCCUUAAACAAAUUACCUCAAGCAUUGCCAAUGUUCUGCGCAACGUCAUCCAGAUUGCGUACGACACCACAGAGUUCUACUACAACUCUUUUGUGGACACCUUUAGCACAGUUGAGCUCCGCAUGCCAGUCGGAGACGUGAUGACUGUUGGACAGAUCAUUGACAAUGUCAAAACCACAGGCAAAAGCCUCUUCAACCAAAUUGUUGAUUUCGUGAACAACAUGGAAAGCCUGGACACCAUGCUGGUCAAGAUUGGCGAGACCCUGAAAGCCUUAGUGGACAAAACCACAGAGUUUGUAGAUACCAUCAAGUCAGAUUUCUUGGAUUCCCUUCUUGCCAAUGUCAACGUGGCAUACAGAAGGGUGGUGAUGGCUGUGAAGGACAUUAUCGAACUCGUGUCUUCCUAUGACAUGGACCAGCUGAAUGAUUUCUUGCAGUCCGUAGUUGAUUAUUGCAUUGUUGCGGUGGAGCAGUUGAAUGCAAUGGUCAAUGGUAGCACCCUGGAGGUCGAGCUGCCCUUCCCCUUCCUGCAGUGA